CAGAUCAUCAGCUGAUAUCAAUGUAAUCGAAUGCAAUUACGGUUUUUAGGAAAUAUACAAAUACACGUUUUUGAAAGUAAUUAAUAGAAUUUGCAUUGGAGGAGAAAAUGAUACCGAGCAGUUACGAAGAGUAGCUUAUUCUCACUCAUACGUCAAUGUUUUUUGGAAUAAACUAAUUUUUAAAUUAUUGCCAUGGGAACCCUAACCUAUAUCUGACCGGCGUGCACGUGUUCGAAUUCGCUUUCUUAAUAAGUGAGUGAAACUUUUUAAGAGGCUAACUUUAUUACAGCGAUUUAACUCCAUAUACGUGUGUCCGUUGGGUUUAUGCGGUUCCGCACAUAAUCGAUAUCCUGAAGCCAAAAGCGCACGCGUCGAGCACUGUUGACGCAUGUCAGCUGUCAGCAUCACGUCUUCCACUAAAGCAAAUAUUCGACAGAACACUCGUAAAUGGCUUACGAUAAUCGUCCUGUAAUUAACCUAGGGUAUGAGGAUGAAUUCAUUAUGGAGAAGCAUCGCACUCUGGUCAAUUUUACAACGAACAAGAUAGGUGGUAAACCGGAUUGGCAUAACAAUGAAACCAUUCCAUCGGCACCUCAGUGCAGGUUGUGUGGAUUGUAUCAAUUACUGGUACUUCAGCUUUAUGUACCACUGGAUGUGUCAAAGUAUCACAGGACACUGUACAUUUUUUCAUGCAUUAAUCCCAAUUGCUGGAAUCAGAAUGAAAGCUGGACUUGUUUAAGAGUACAGUCACUCGAAGAAGAAUGCACUCCACAAAAUGUUAAAACUACAACCGUUCCAGUUCCAUCAUCUGCAACAAGCUGGUUGACCGAUGCCGAUGACUGGGGGGAUAAUUGGAAUGACAAUGCAUCCGAACAAAAUGGAAAUGAUUUGAUGGAUGAUUCAAAUAAAUUUCAUCUCUUGACCAAAAGUGUUAGCUUUGAUGACGAUCUGAAUGACGAAUUUGGCAACCUGCAAGUAGAAGAUCCAAAUGCUAAUAGUCCAGCUAGUAUAGAGUCUCCUGUUGGCGGUGGAGCUGUAGGAAGAUUGGAUUCGCCAUACGCUUCUGCUGAAAUAGAAGGAGAAGAAAGUGAAGUCGUUUGCAUAGAUACUCCAACUCAACCUCAAUGCAAUUUAGUUAGUUUACUCCAUGAAGUUAUGCCACUUCCCAUGCCACUCGUUGAGUCUAAGGCCGAAGGGGCUUUGACUUUUGUAGAAAUAUUCAUUUCAGUCGACGAGGAAGAUCAAUCCGUCGAAUCAUCGCAACAUGUUCGUGAACUGUUCCUCGAGUAUCAACAUGCUCAUCCAGAUUCUUCUGUGAAUCCUCAAGCAGAAUCUGAUAGCAGCAAAGAUACUGACACUAGUGCCGAGAAGUAUGAGAAGGGCAUUCCCUUACAUGGUGAUGAAAUGUUCCAUAAUUUUUUGUGUAGGAUACAAAGAAAUCCUGGACAUAUUUUAAGAUAUGCUCGUGAUAAUAAUGCAGCUCUGCUGCUGUAUCCUAUGGGUGGCUGUGUUGGCAGGUGUAAACACUGCGGUGAUGAAAUGAUCUUUGAGCUGCAAGUUCUUCCAACAAUUAUACCUAAGCUGAAAUUAAAUAUGAAGAGUGACCAUACCUUCCAAAUUGAAUUUGGUACCAUCUUGAUAUUUACUUGUGUGCGAAGCUGCUGGUCCUCAACCGAUUCGUACAGGGAGGAGCACGUAAUCGUUCAAGCAGAAAGAUUGUAGUCACGCGAUUCGAAAAUCUUUCUUCAAUAGCGAAACAAUUUUAACAGCUGCUAGAGUGAUUCCAGUUUCACGUAAAAAAGGACCGUCCACCACUCAUCGAAUGACAAAACAUCUUGCAAUGCAGGUACAUCGAUAUUUCAUGUUUUAAGCUGAGAGUCGUGAAGAGACUGCACGAAUUCGGAAACCCGUCGAUUUUGAUGUACAUAUGCAGAGGAUGUACAAACACAAAAGAAUGGGGAAACAUGAUUUACGAUGUAUAAAUAUUAUUAUAUUUUUGUCUUUGAUUGCUUUGAUAAAUAGUUACUACAUUUAACCGUUUACAUAUAAUUGGUUAAUGCAAUUAAUUUGCUAUAUCAAUACUGUAAAAUUGAUGUAGCCAUUUACUAAAUUUAUUAUAGAACAAAACUAUUGACAUUGUUGGUAUCAAUUUAUCACACGUAGACUCUUCAUUGACUUUCGUUAAGUUAGUGACGUCAUUGUACAGUGGAAGGAAGGUGAACAUUUAAACAGGUACACUCGAGAAGACAUUUGUCAUUCAAUAGAUUGUACUUUGAUAGCAAAUCAUGUGAUAAACUCGUAUGAGUAGAAAAGUCGAUUUUAUAGAGCAUUUAUUUGAAAACUACGUUUGAUUUAACGUGCUCUAGGUAUGGAAGUAUGCUGUAUUUUAAAAACUUUUAAAGAAGUCUGUGACAAAAGGCAGUAGUAUUUAAGCAUUGAAAGUCUCAGUCUAGAUGGGUGUUCCAUAAAACGUGGAUAUUCAGGGAAACCAUAGAUACAUUUUUCCACAGUUGUAGAAGCUUUGUCUUGAAUACACUAUGUGCCAUGAGGAAGUAUGGAAGUAAACGUCCCUACAGGGAUUAUGGUAAAGCAUUUUAUUUAUUUAUGAUAAAUAAUAAAUACUCAUCCUUUUACGUUUACAUCUUUUACACAGAUUGCAUUUCGAUUUCUAUCUUUGUUUUAAUGAUCGUACGUGCAUUUUGUUUAUGUACAAGCUAGCUGUAAACAAAUAAAAGCCAUUUUAAAGUU